AUGCCUGCAAUUCUCUCCAAACAAGAUUCUCCAACAAACGAACAGCAGAAAUUCUGUUCUCAAUUUUUAUUGUUGUUAUGGAAUGUAUUGAAUGGAUCGAUGAAGAAUAUGGGGAGACUAUUUGAAUUUUUUGAUCGUGGUGAUUCCAAUAUUAUUUCAAAUUCGUCCCUAAUUAAAUCCAUACUUGGAUUAUCGGCAGUGAUAGCUCUUGUAAAUGAAAUUUAUUCUUCAUUCAAGAUUAAACAACAAAAAGUACAAGAGGAAAAUGAAAACAACAUGAUUUGCUCCGAAGGAAGCCAAUUACGUGAGACCGAAAUUUUGAUGAAGCGAGACGUGAUUCGAUUUUUAAGCUGGAAUGGAAUAAUAAGCUCUGGAUUGGUUGACUGGAUGAACUCUUUGGGAUCUCCAUCAUCAUUUUCCAAAAUAAUUUUCAUGAUAUUAUCUAUCUUCUCGCCAGCAAUUAUCUCACAAAUUUUAGAUGUAAUAGGUCAGAAACAGUAUAAGCUUUCGCUGUAUAGUGAUGACGAAAGUACGGUAUUGCCACUUCUGAAUUCAAGUGCACUUGCGAGACGUACGUCACUCUCUCGUUGGGAGAAGAUCGCCAAAUUUAUCAAGACCAUUUUCACACAAACAUCCCACUCAUUGCCAUUGCUCUCAACAGCAUUCAUUCCAUUCUGGACUGUACUCGUCUCUAAUAGGUUAAUGCCUCAAUUAAGUUUUAGCCCAACAUCUGAACUCAUGAUUGAAGGGUACAACAAUCAACUUGCUGAAAUACAGGACAGGUCCUCAACUCACUCAGAGUUCAUACAGAAAACAUCCUCUCUCGUACAACAGCUAAAAAACAGAGAUUAUUUGUACAUGCUCUUAUAUUCCGUUCCCACAGGUAUUGCUGCUGGUGCUACAAUCCAUGCCAUGUACUUGCUAGGUGAAGAACGAGGCUGGCGAGAUUUUCUAUGGAAUCGACUUGUGGAAAUUGAGCGGUGCAAAUCAGAGAGAAGAAAUUCUUCAUUGAGUACUUUUGAAUUCUUUAAAAACUCUCUUAUGGCUGGGUUUUUCAAUGGUUUGUUGUGGCACUUACCAUUCACACUUCAAGGGCAACAUUUUGGAAUGGAUAAUUCGCGUUGGGGAUCUCUCUGUAUGCUAGUGAACUCAACCUUAAUGUCUCCAUUAUUAUGCUUUUUAACCCAAAAAAUCAAACAUGAAACAGGAUAUAACAGAGAUUAUGGAAUUGUGUCCAGUGUGGCACGUGGAAUUUUUCAGGCAGUGGGUGGAUGGAGUUUUUACUUUUCCAAGCUGAAUUUGCAUGAUAAGAGCUACAGCAAUCUGUUUGUUGGUCCACUCGCAUUAAAUACUUCGAUCACACUCGCCACAAUCAAUCUGAUUCUACUGGGAAUGAUGUAUUGUAAUUCAAAAUUCACAUACAGCUCUACAUUAAAUUUCAGAUAG